GUCCAUCACAACUACGCCCCGCCCCCAGAGGGAUAUAGCACCAAUCAUCAGCACGCAGGGCGGGCGCAGGGGAGGAGCCUGCUGUUGCCCCAGCAACUACCGGCACCCAGGAGAGCGAGGCUGCGGGUCUAUCUACCUCAGAUCUCCCUCCGCCUGGAAGGGCCCGGGCGGGGCGCGAGACUAGUCUCGACGGCGCCCGCAAAGAGGAGGCGGCCAGGCCCAUGAGCUACCAGCCCCGAGGCAGCUUUCACUCCUAACGGGCAAGUACGCGGAGAGCUAUGGCUGAAGUGCACGUGAUCGGGCAGAUCAUAGGGGCCACCGGUUUCUCGGAAAGCAGCCUCUUCUGCAAGUGGGGCAUCCACACAGGGGCCGCAUGGAAGCUCCUCUCAGGUGUACGGGAAGGCCAAACACAGGUAGACACACCCCAGAUAGGGGACAUGGCAUACUGGUCCCACCCUAUUGACCUGCACUUCGCCACUAAAGGUCUCCAAGGUUGGCCUCGACUCCAUCUCCAGGUGUGGUCCCAGGACAGCUUUGGCCGCUGCCAGCUUGCUGGCUAUGGCUUUUGCCAUGUGCCCAGCAGCCCAGGCACUCACCAGCUGGACUGCCCUACCUGGAGGCCCCUGGGCAGCUGGAGGGAGCAGCUAGCACGGGCUUUCGUGGGCGGAGGGCCACAGUUGCUGCACGCAGACACCAUCUACAGCGGGGCCGACCGCUACCGCCUGCACACGGCCGCGGGUGGCACAGUGCACCUGGGUAUCGGCCUGCUGCUGCGCCACUUUGAUCGCUAUGGUGUGGAGUGUUGAGGGACUUCAUUACCACUAAUCGCCAUCAUCCACUGAGCACGCGAUGGAUGGCACAGCGGUGAAGGAGGCACGGGCACUCAGGAGACUGUCAGUCCUGACCUCCCCAAAGCCAUGGCCCCCAUGCCAUGGACUGCAAGGCCAGGACCCCCCCCCCUCACUGUGGCCCAUGCUCCACUCAACUACCAGGUAUCACUAAUCUGUGGGUUAGAGGGACUUGAGGAGAGCCCGCUGUUUGGCUUGUCGGGGCACCUAAUAAAAGCGCGCAUUUCUCCUGCCUGGGUAAGGUGCCUCCUUGUAUCCACUACCGCCCACAGACGUCCGUCUCCUUAUUUCAUUCUCCUUGACACUUUAAUCAGCAAACCCAAAGUCUGCCCCUGCCUUUCGCGCUCUGCCUCCUAGGUUCCCACCUCUAAUAUAGGACUCUGUUUUCUCACGAAGUCCCAAUUUUCCAUUUGACCCUUCAACAACUCCCAAAUCCACGGGGGCGCUUUGGUCGGUCACAGGCUUUAGUUGUGCUCCGCCGCCAGGAGGCAGCACCCUGGAGGUGGGGCGGGGCCGGGGUGCCCGCCCCCUCCCCGCAGGGCUGAAGGGACCCCCCUUGGAGCCCGCCCACGCUAAGAAGACCGUGGCCCCCCCAUGCCCUCCCCCUGGGGCUGCCCCCGCCCCGCGUGCGCUUCCUGGGUGGGGCCGGGGCGGCUUCAAAACCCCCGCCGCCCCAGCCGGUCCCGCCGCCGCCGCCCUUCGCGCCCCAGGCCGUCCCCCUCCUCCUCCCGCCGCGGAUCCUCCAGACAGCCAGGCCCCCGGCCAGGGCAGGGGGGACGCCCCUUCGGGGCACCCCCGGCUCUGAGCCGCACGCGGAGUCGGCCUCCGCUGGGAGCCGGCAAAGGAGCAGCCGAGGAGCCGUCCGAGGCCCCAGAGUCUGAGACCAGCCGCCGCCGCCGCAGGGAGGAGGGGGAGGAGGAGUGGGAGGAGGGACGAGCUGGUUAGGAGAAGAGGAAAAAAGUUUUUAGACUUUUCCGCUGCUACUGCAAGUCAGAGACGCGGGGACUGCUGGGUGCUGCGCUGUCCCGCAAGGAGGUAGGACCUGAGGACUCCAGACAGCCCUGCUCACCGUCGUGGACACUCGAUCGGGCUACCCGGCGCUCCUCAGACGCCCCCAUUCCGGACCAGCCCUCGGGAGCCACAAGCUCCGCCUCCCGCGAAGACUUCACCCCAAAGCUGGGGCGCACCCCUUGCACGCCGCCC